AUGGCUUCCUUAUCCCCUUCCUUCUUCUUUCUCAUCUUCUUAUUGCUCUUAAACACAUCCAAUAUUGCCUCAUCAACACUACCAAAAUUCCCAGCUAUUUUGGUUUUAGGUGAUUCAACAGUGGAUACAGGGAAUAACAACUUCAUUUCAACACCUUUCAAGGCCAAUCACUACCCUUAUGGUCAAGAAUUCCCUAAUCAUAACCCAACAGGAAGGUUUUCAGAUGGAAGACUUGUUCCUGAUCUAUUGGCUUCUGGAUUAGGAAUCAAAGAACUUGUGCCACCCUUCUUAGAUCCACUUCUAUCGGACGAAGAACUCAGUACCGGAGUCAGUUUUGCUUCGGCCGGAUCAGGUUUUGAUGAUCUGACCACUCUUGCGUCAAGAGUGAUUCCACUGUCUCAACAGUUAAAUUACUUCAAGAAGUAUGUCAAGAAGCUUCAUAGAGUUGUAGGAGAAGAAGAGGCUAAGAAGAUAGUAAGUGGCGCUUUGGUUCUGAUUAGUGCAGGAACUAAUGACUUCCUCUUCAAUUUCUAUGAUCUUCCAACCAGAAGACUACAGUUUGAUGUUACAGGUUACCAAGAUUUUCUGCUACAAAAGUUUCAAGACUUAAUUAAGGAACUGUUUGAUCUUGGAUGUCAUAACUUCAUGGUAGCAGGCGUUCCUCCAUUCGGAUGUGUGCCUUUCCAGAUCACGGCAAAGUUUAAGAAUACGUCUGCUCGAACAUGUAUUGAAGAAGAGAAUAAAGAUGCUGGUGGUUAUAAUUCCAAGCUCACAGGAAUAGUGAAACAACUACAAGAAUCGUGUCGAGGAAGCAAGAUAGUGUACGUCAACAUCUACGACCCUGUCAUGGACAUGAUCAACCAACCACAAAAAUACGGAUUCGUGGAAACAAAGAAAGGGUGCUGUGGGAGUGGAUUGGUUGAAGUAGGACCCCUUUGUAAUCGACUAACACCACCAUGUGCCAAUGCUUCUGAGUAUCUAUUUUGGGAUACCAUUCAUCCUGGUGAAGUCGCCUACAAGCACGUUACCCAUCACAUACUGGACCAUAUGCAUAUGCACUUCUUCCAGAGUACUACUACUACCUCUCCUCCUGAUAAUGUAAAUUAA